AUGGAGGAAUUUAAUAUUUUAAAAGCAGGAAAUAUUAUAGUUCGACAAAGAGGAACCAAAUUUUAUCCGGGAGAAAAUGUUGGUAUGGGGAGGGACCAUACACUUUAUGCAUUGGAGCCGGGAUUUGUCCAAUUUUAUCAGGAUCCAUUACAACCUAAAAGGAAAUUUGUAGGAGUUGUAUUUGAUCGGGCAACUAAACUUCCAUUAUCUAAAAACGAACCGAGAAUUAGAAGAUUAGGAAUGAAAGAAGUUGAAAUAAAUUGA